CCGAUAGCAUCGAUGAAGAACACUAUCAAUCGAUAUUUCCUUUUAACAAAAAGAAUCGAUACCGUUGACAUUACCAUCGAUUGUUUGCCAGCUCUAUUCAGUUGGUUUUAUUCGGACGGUAGUGUCGAUUUGUGCUGUCGUGUAUGAACGAACUAAUUAAUUUCUCGACAUAAUCCAGCCGUUUAACGAUCCAAAUAGAAAAUCUCCAAGGUAAAUAGUAGGCCUGGUGGAAAACAAAAUUUACCUUUAAAAAAUGGAUCAAGCUAAGAAAAAUAAAAAAGAAGCCAGAGAUGAGAAGCUAAAAGACCAGAAAAUCGAGGAGCAGAUUCUCAAAACAUUGGAAGAGGCCAAGACACCAGAAGAUAAAUUUCAACUAUUGCUUAGCAAAUAUGUGGAAAGUGAGCGCCUUUUGAGGCGAUCCAAGCAGGAUACGAAGGCCUUAGAAAAACAGCUGGAGACUGUGGUCAGAGAAAAAGAGAAUCUUCAAAGGGAAUACAAUAAAAAUGUUUUAAUGAGGGACAAGUUGGAGGAAGUGUGCCGGGAACAACAGAAACUUAUUAAAUCCGUUAAAAAUGAAAGUAUGCAAAAGAUACGCGAGGAGGAAGAACGUCGCAAGGAAAGCCAAUCGAAAUUCCAAUCUUCCCUGAACGAAAUCAACCUAUCCCUUAACAAAAACAAUGAAGAAAAUAAUAAAUUACGUGAUCACAAUAUUGAGAUGACCAAAAAACUCAAAUUUUUGGCUGAACAAUACCAGGCUCGUGAACAACAAUUGGAGAAGCUAAAUGAACAGGUGCAAAUUGAGGGACAACUUCAUAGGGCCAAAUUGAAUAAGGUACAGGUGGAGUCGGCCAUGGAAAAGGAAAUUCUCAUCAAGGAAAAACAAAUUGUAUUGGAAAAAUUGCUGAGUACCCAACAAAUGUUGAAGGAAAUCAGUGAUCGUGAAAAGGAUUUAAAGGAACAAUUGAAUUUGUACACUGCCAAAUAUGAUGACUUCCAAUCUUCAUUGCAGAAAUCCAAUGAUAUUUUUGUGACAUAUAAAACUGAAAUGGAAAAGAUGUCUAAGAACUCUCGCAAAUUGGAAAAGGAAUGCCUUGAAUGGAAACGUAAAUGGGAGAAGAGUAAUGCCACCCUCAUCGAAUUGGCCACAGAGAAAAAAGAUCGCGAUGAUCACGCUAUGCGUUGCAACAAACAGGUUGAACAAUUGCAAAAAUUGCUUAGAGCUUUACAAAACGAACGCAGUCAUUUGUACAAAGUAAUUAAGGAAAAUAAUGUUGAAGUGCCUCCAUUGCCCGCCUUGCCAGCUGAACCCGAACCAAUGCAAACCAAACCCAUUACCAGUGUGGCGGAUAAGGAUAAAAUGGAAAUUAUGUCGAAAAAUUGUGCUGAACUCAAACAGACAUUGGCCAAUUUACAAAAUCAAAUGAAAGUGCUAAAUCUAAAAGGAGCCGAGGCCGAGGAGCAAUGCAAACAAUUGCAGGUGCAAGAGGAAUCGAUCAAGAAGAAGCAAAAGAAAAAGCCCAAAUCGAAAAAGAAUCAACAAAAUAAUGUAAAUGCCGGCAACAAUAAAGAAUCAUCACCAGCCAAUUCUGAGGAUACGAUUAGUGUAAGGGAAGAGGAGCAAGAAACCCCGACCGCUCAAGAGAAUGGCAACAUCAAUGGCAAUGAAAAUGUUUCAGCAACCGAACAACAAACCGCAGAGACACCUGCUGAAUCAAAAGAAGUUGUUGAAAGCCCCGUUGAAGCUACAGCCGUUCCCGCAGUUGAACUUAAAGAAGAAACCCCUGCCAAUGCUCCAGUUGAAGUUGUCAAUUAAGACUAGGUACUCACUACAUCAUACUUUCAUAUUUAAAGGAAACCCAUUUGUAACUUUUAUACUUAGCCUUCAUAGUUCAUACAGCAGAUAGUGAGCGCUAUUUAUUUGCUCACCAAUCAUUA